AUGGCCUCUCCAUCAGGACCGGCAACGCCGCUGCUCUACGCCUGCGUAGCCCACAACACGACCAUCUUGGCCGAGUGCACGACGUCGGCAGCCAGCCAGACGUCGUCGCUCGCGUCGCUGAUCCUGCCCAAGAUCGAGCACCGCACGCCACAGAAGCUGACCUACACCCAUGGCUCGCACCACAUCCACUACAUCGCCGAGGCGACGUCCGAGCACGCCGCCGACCGCGACGGCCACCCCAGCUCGGCCGGCGGGCUGACCUUUCUCGUCAUCGCUGAGGCAGCGCUCGGUCGCCGCGUGCCCUUUGCCUUUCUGGCCGCGCUGCGCACGCGCUUCCUGGCUGACUUUCCGGCUGUUGCCACCGACUUUGCCGACCUGCCCAACUACGGCUGCGCCUCGUUCAACGGCACGCUGCGCGCCAUGAUGGUCGAGCAGGGCAGUGCCGGUGUGACCGGCGGCGACGUCCUCACCGGCGUCCGCCGCGACAUCGAAGACGUCCGCGGCAUCAUGGGUCGCAACAUUGAGAGCUUGCUGGAGCGCGGCGAGCGCAUCGAUCUGCUGGUCGACCAGACCGACCGCCUCGGCGGCAGCGCCCGCGAGUUCCGCGUUCGCAGCCGCGGCCUCAAGCGCCAGAUGUGGUGGAAGAACGUCAAGCUGAUGGGCAUGCUGGCCGCCGUCGCUGUGCUGCUGCUGCUGACCAUUGUCGUGGCGGCCAAGAGCUGA